AUGUCUUCCGCACGGGUUUCACAUCAACGAGCUCCAGUUCGACCAACAUUAUCAUCAUAUCGAACAGUUCCUCGUACUCCACCCAAUCCUCGUUCUGUGACUGCUCCAAGGUUUUUACCAAUUCUUCAACCGCCACAGCUUCCAAAACGAGUCGAUUUAAUUAAUGAAAACAAGAAAGAACAGAAAAAACAAAAGAAAACACGUGAUCAUCAAUCAGUACUAAAUAAUGAUCAAAAUAGAAAAGUAACAGAACUAAAAACAAUUGGAGGUCCGAUACUUAAUUUACCACAACGUUAUCCUUAUCAACCAUUAGCACACCAAUCUACUCAACUUAUUCGAUAUGUCGAACCAAAACAUGCAUAUGUUUAUUACAUUUGGUAA